CGGAAAAAAAAAAGAAUGGCACAGACGGUAAAGUUGGCAGGAGCGUAUUUCCAGUUUACAGGAGUCCAGUUGCGCGAAUAAAUCGACGCAGUAGGUUGGGUUAAUCGCCCACAAUGGUUCACGAAGUUGUAAUAUGGCCGUAAUCGGCAUAUCGAAAUUCAGCUCGGUCAAUGAUAACCAAAUAUCGUCAAGAUCGAACGGUCCGUGGUGUGUCGUCAUUGCAGACGAUAUUACGUUCAACCGUCGACAAAUUAUCAACAAUUGCGGCAUUAAAAAGUCGCAAACAAAUAAAGUUGUUAGAUGCGUUAUGUCUUCACCGUCACAUCGCGGCAACAACCAACAUUAUGAGGGAGAUAUCAGUGAUCCCGAUGAUGCUUAUAUUGAUACUGAUCCAGUCAGGUAUGAAUUACGAAAUAUUCAAAAUGUCAUACACGUGACAAGACAGAAUAUUGAUGCGUUGAACAGCCGUUUCGCUGCAUUCCAGCAUCCACCCUCGAUAUACCUGACUGAGUAUCAAGAAUUAACAAGUAAACUUCAUGAGUUGGAAUCUAAAGAGCACAAGCUCAAUGAACUACUUAAUUCGGCAAGUAGUGGUGCAUCCGGUUGUGAUGAUUUGCAAUUACCGGGGCGUUACAAGUGCCAGAGAACACCUCUCAAGUCAUUACUCAGGGCACACUUGCCCAAUCAACAGAGAACAAGUGUACAGGUACGGGAGGGAAUGGCCCUUUGUGACGCCCUAGCAAAAGCAAUGAAACUCCGCAACUUGACAACCGAAAUGUGUAUCGUGUACAUACUGGACCCAGAUGGUUCAAAACAUCCAAUACCCUGGGACACAGACAUAUCGUCCCUGGAGUGUGACGAAAUAUCAGUCGAGAUAUCCGACAAAUUUCCUAUAGCCACCUCGAUCUCCCACAAUUUCAUACGAAAGACCUGGUUCUCCCUGACAUUCUGCGAGUGCUGUAGAAAAUUGUUAUUCCAAGGUUUCUACUGUCGUACCUGUAACUACAAAUUUCAUCAGCGAUGCGCUGGUGGUGUGCCACCCCUGUGCACCCAAGUGCGAAUGCUGGACGAUUAUUUUCGUGCCCUGUUGGCCCACAAUCCCAAGGCAAGCACAGGAAUUGUUCCUUCAGGUUACUCGUUCAACAGAAGUAUGUCUCCAUCGUUGGAUACAUCGCGUCAGAAGCACCCUAGAACCCUCGCCCAGCAGGAUAGAUCGAGUUCAGCUCCCAACGUCUGCUUUAAUAUGGUUAAACCAGGUGGUGAGCCCAUAAUUGUGGAUGAUUACUCAAGAUCCCAGAUUCUGAGCAGACCAGUGGACAUAGGGCCAUCACCAGCAUCACCGGGCUGUAGUCCAACGAAGCACAGUCAGUCGACCCAAGCAAGUCCAACAAAUACACUGCGACCAAAACGGCCAAGAGCAAAGUCAGCUGACGAGUCAUCGAAGAAUCUCCUGGCACCGAGGGAGUCCAUUGAGGACUGGGAAAUCCCAGCUGAUGAGAUCCUAGUGGGUCCCAGAAUCGGCUCCGGAUCCUUUGGAACAGUCUACAAAGCCCACUGGCAUGGCCCUGUCACUGUCAAAACCCUCAACGUCAAGAUACCCACAACUUCGCAACUGCAAGCAUUUAAGAACGAAGUUGCUGUUUUGAGGAAGACUCGUCACGUUAAUAUUCUACUGUUCAUGGGCUGUGUCAGCAAGCCACAGCUGGCGAUCGUCACCCAGUGGUGUGAGGGCUCCUCUCUGUACAAGCAUCUUCACGUUUUCGAGUCCAAGUUCGAGUUGCUGACACUCAUCGAGAUUGGCAGACAGACUGCCCAGGGAAUGGAUUACCUUCAUGCCAAGAAUAUCAUCCACAGGGAUCUGAAGAGUAAUAAUAUUUUCCUUCACGACGAUCUCACUGUUAAGAUCGGGGACUUUGGACUGGCCACUGCCAAGACCCGGUGGUCUGGAACUCAGCAGUCCAAUCAGCCCACUGGAUCCAUCCUAUGGAUGGCACCCGAGGUUAUCAGAAUGGCUGAGAAAAAUCCAUACAGCUGUCAUUCCGAUGUCUAUGCCUUUGGUGUCGUUCUCUUUGAACUUCUUGCUGGACAAUUGCCCUAUUCAAAUAUUAACAAUAAGGACCAAAUACUGUAUAAGGUGGGAAGGGGUUACUUAGGACCUGAUUUGGAUAAACUCAGGUCAGACACUCCGAAGGUACUCAGACGACUCACCGAGGAUUGCAUCAAAUUCUCCAGGGAUGAGAGGCCCAUUUUCAGACAAAUUCAUGCCAGUCUUGAGGGCUUGAUCAGGGGACUACCGAAAAUCACUAGGUCCGCUUCGGAACCGAAUCUUAAUCGGACUCAGCUGCAGUCGGAUGAUUAUUUUGCUUAUGCUUGUGCAUCACCCAAGACACCUGUUACUUAUCAGUUGGAUCCAUUUCCAUUUUGUCCGAUUGGUGGGAAUAUUUAAGGAGGAAGAUUUAUUAAUACAUCACGAAAAACUAUUUUAAUGGUAUUAUGACAAGAGAAUUUGAGGGGAAACCUGGGGUACUUCUGCCGAAAUUCUUUUUCAUGACGUUUUUAGUUAAACGUAAGUUUUUAUUUUUUUUUUAAUUAUGUUUUUAAUCUUUAGAAUAUAAGUUUUACGCAACGACGAAGAUCUAUACGAAUCUAUCUGUCCUAUAAAAUUUUUUUAGUCAUAAAAUCCACAAAUUUCCAUGGUUUCAUUGCAGAACCAAUGAGAACAAUUUAGAAAAUCUAAAUUAACUAAAAUGAAUACGAAUAUCAGAAUUUUCUACCACAAACCCCAGGUUUUUCCAUCGAUUUUUCAAAAAAGCGAAGAUAUUCAACUUCACAACUGUUAGUGUCAUCCUCAUGAGAUGAAAAAUCCUCACUCAUCGUGGGAAAUUCUCGGAAAAAUCGUUCGUUAAAAUUAGCAGUAUCUCAGUGUACAUAAAAAUAGUGAAGUGCUCGUUGAUAUUUCCCUUAAAAAUCUUCACUUCUGGGAGAUGGGGGAGAAUCCUUGACAAGAAAGAAUAUAAAUAAUUCAUAUACUCACUUUUUAGCAGUACAGCAUUCAAUUAAGUAACGAGAAUUAUCGUUUACUUGUGAUAUAAUGUUAUUCUGAAGAAAUACAUCAAAGUUCCUGGUCUUAUGAUUUUUCUUCGUGCUCUUUAUUUCUCUUAGCUUCGAUGGGAGAAAUAAUGUAAGGGGUGGUGUAACGACAGGAUGUAAUUUUUUUUAUUCAGUCGGUUGAAUAAAUUACCUGAAAAUAUCUGUAUUCCAAUGAUGAUUGUCAUCAUGGGAAAAAAUUCAAAUUUUUAUUCACCGAUUUGUGAAGAAAAAAAAGAUGAUAGAGAUUACUCAUGUCGGUAAAUGUUUAAGGGUCCUCAAGAGUUGAAAAAAACUACUGAAAUGUGAUGAAAACCUGUGUUACAAAUUCUCAAGUGAGUGGAGAUGAAAAAAAUCUAUAAGAUGUCUUUAAAAAGUUAUCCAUUUUAUGGAACAACUGCAUUCCAUACUGCACACGUGCAUUUUUUUCUCCAAAUGUCUCCUCCGAAGUUGGCGAUAUUUUGCGAAUUCAUUAGAAAAUUCUAUUGGAAUACUAUCAACAUUCUCAGACACUUGUUAAAAUGCUUUUUAUUUCUUUUUCAAAAAUGAUCUCUAAUAAGAAUUCUUGAAAUAAUUAAUAGAGUCGCUGUAAUAUUCUCACAGAAUUUCAAUAGGCUUUUCCAUCGAAUCCGCCAAAUGUUUCUUUUGUUUUUUUUGCUCUAUUCGUCUCGUCUUAUUUAAUAAAUAAAAAUCCUGUAAUUUAUCUCAAGUUCUGCAACAGUUUAAAAUGAUUUUAAAUUGAGUUGAGAUAUGUUUGCAACAUGAUUUGAUUCGAUUUUGUGUUUUUGUUUGUGCUGAAUAAAUUAUUGCUCCGAUAAGGAUCAUUCUGUGUGUUCGAAGCUUAGGCAAAAAUUGAAAUUUUUUGAUCUUCUAAUGUAUAUUAUUUUACAGAACUAGUAGAAUUAUUUUAUAUGACCACGAUUGUCUUAAUACGAAACUGUAUAAUUCAAGCACGAAUUGAGAAGUAUUUCAUAUUCGAUGAAAUUGACGUGAAACAGAAUAUAUCUCUUAGAUAGAUAGAUGUAAGCAAUUUAUUAUUUCCCCGAGAUACAAUAAUCCCCUGCGGGAAAACCCAGUAAGCCUCCAGUUUCUCCCAUUAAUAUCCUUCCAGGCACGAAAAAAACUAUAAAAAUAAUCUAUCGAGUGAGGAAAUUCCAUUGGAUUUUUAUUGAACGUCCUCUUAAAAUUAGAUUUUUCUAUGUGACUCAUUCUCUUCAGGUUUUUUCUACAGAAGUUUUCUCCAUAAAAGGUUCAAUAGAAAUUCAAUAGAAUUUUAUAAUAAAUUCACUAGCGUUUUUAUUAAGUUAUUUCAUACGUGUCGAUUCAUUCAAUAAUUGACAUGUCGCAGAUUCAUCCGGGUUUCGAAUAAAUUAUUCAAAUUUGAGUAACUGGGUGGGUACUACGAUGAGGGACGGCACAGGGGUUCCUUACGAGGGUUGGGAAUUUUCGUGGGGUCAUGGAGGAGGGUCUGAGAUGUCACACAGGGGGAAAAUGAAAAGGAUAUUAUCAUCAGAGUCCUUCAAGCGGAGGGAAUGAAACCGGGGACGUGCCGAGAGAAUGUGGGUUAGCUUUUCCGGUUCCUGUAUGUCACAACAAGGAUAAAUAAUUUUCUCUAGAUCAUUUCCGAUUCGUUAAUUUCGGGUUCCUGAAGAGGACCCAAUUUUCCAAACUAUCGCUCAUAGUUUUCCAACUCUGCGAAUUCAUGACGCGAAUUUGUUUUUCCUCGAAUUUCAGUAGUUUUUUUCCCCCCAAAGACUAAGAAAAUUUUCACGCGUUCUGAGAGGUGAUUGAUUUUAUUGAAAUGUUUUCCCACAAUAUGUGUGUGUGUGUGUAUAUACAUGUAAUAUCCUAGGAAUGUGUGUAGAAUUCGGGUGGAGUUUCAUGGCGAUUCCAGAAAGAGAUAAAAAUCAGUUAAUAACAUAAAAACGCAAUGUCUGAUAAGUGGACCGCGAUGGUAUUCGAUUAUUAUUUAACGUCAUCUUGAAAAUCAUUUUUAGUCGAUUUGGCACAACUUAGAAGGCCUAAAUGAUUUCACAAUGGGUUAUUAAGCAUAAAAUUAACAUUAAUGAGAGAAUUAAAAAAAGAUAAUAAUGCUCGAAGUGAGAUAUUUCAUUCCCAUUCUUUAAAAGUUAUUUAUUUAUUUAUGUAGAAUAAUUUUCCAAUCGAUCACUUGUGCGGUGGGAAGCAUGUGAGCUACUUAAGACUCAAGGGAUUCUCCUGAGGGAGAUAAUGGGCCAGGAUUGGAGGGACAGAACAAAUAAAAAUUCCUAUUGUAUUUGAGAAAAUUAAAAAUAAAAUUCACUCGACCUUAUGACUUUUUUCAGAUAUUGAUUGAUUUCCUGACAUCAGUUUUGAUGUAAAUAAGUUGUUGAUGUGGUAAGAGAGAUUUUCUGUAACGAGUUUGCACAUUUAACGUUAAAUAUAUACUCAUUAAUCAAAUGGGA